UGACUAUAAGUUGUGCUUCGCGGCGGGUACACCACCAUGAAGCCGUUACCGGCGAAUCAAACCAUUGUUUUCCUCUGUCUGUUACCUCUGGCGAAUGGCUUUGCUUCGCGAGGCUCGCGUCGUGCAUCCCCUGCUACACGUCAAUACGCGUCCGCCGACGGUAACGGCACCCCGCGCGUUCCACAAUGGCACUUGUCCAACGACUUUGAGACCUUUUUGAACCAACGCACGAUUCAGAGCUUUUUGUUUCUAGUGAAAUCGUUGCGCGAUCCUCAAACCGUCCUCUGGGUCGAAAACUUUACCCAGCCCGCACUACAUUCGGGUCGUUCCUCCACGUACACCAGUCAUCUACAGAGCGGAUCCUCCAGUUCGCAACUCUUAUCCUACCACGGCUUGGCCGCCAUGAAUGUGACGCGCUUUCCAACCUGGGAUAUUUACUUUAAAGAGCUACUGAAACAACCCACCGUAAUCUACACGGUCGAGUCGGAAUCGAAACACAUUCAGACCUACGAUAUGGAGAUUAAUCCGGGACGUUUGUGUGUGCGGAUGCUUGCGGUACGCCAGCAGAUUGCCCAGGAAUUUGCGCGCGAUCUGGACGUGGUAGCCACCAUGGGCGGACAUACGCUCGAGGCAUACUGGGAAUCCUUGCGAGCGUCCCGCCGUACCCCUUCCGCCGCAGACAACGAUCGCGACAUUGUCGGGAACUACACUAGUGGCACCAACCUGGUCUUUUUGGAACUCCAUCCCGACCCGACCUCGGACUACGCACCCUCGCCUCUUCGACAGGGCAACUUUGAUUUGCUUGUACUGUUGGCGACGCAAGAAGCCGUGCACCGCGUGCUAAACGAUCCUGCCCGCCAAACGGGCGUCACCAAGGUCACGAACGAUUAUUUAUGCGGCUUUUACGAACAGAGACUCGACACGCACUUUACCGGCGGACAGCGGUACCACCGCGCCGCCGAUUUUUUGGCCGAAUUGCUGGAAGCGCCUCCCCUUCUCCGAAGCGUUAGUGAUGGGAAUACGGCACUACUGGAUCCUACUUUUAUGGCCGAACUCCUUCUCCAUCAACGCGAAAAGGUGGCAAAGGAAUGGCAACUUUUGGUCCAAGCAGCGUCCGAAGUGCACAUGGAAAUACAACGGCUUCAAUUAAAUCGACUAAUGAGCGUCAAUACCGAACAGUCCGGUGUUCACGAAGAGCAACCACCAUUGUCGUAG